UGUGUUCGCGUUCUCUCUCUCUGUCUCACAUACCAAACCCUUCAACUUCUCAGGCUCCAUUUCAGAGAGAGAAAACGAGCAGAGAUCAGAGAAAAGUCAGGCAAACGAACGAUCAAGAUGGCUCUGACUCACCGGUAUUCGAAUCUGCUGAAGCCGUUCUCCACCGCGGUCUCAUACACGCCAUCUCUCCGCCGUUCAUUCUCCACGGACGAUUCAACCUCCAUCACCGUCGAGACCAGUGUCCCCUUCACCGGCCACAACUGCGAACCACCGUCUCGCACCGUCACCACCACCCCCAAAGAGCUCAUAACCUUCUUCCGAGAUAUGGCGAUGAUGCGUCGGAUGGAGAUCGCCGCCGAUUCGCUCUACAAAGCGAAGCUGAUCCGCGGUUUCUGCCACCUCUACGACGGCCAAGAAGCGGUGGCGAUCGGAAUGGAAGCGGCUAUCACCAAGAAGGAUUGCAUCAUCACCGCCUAUCGCGACCACUGCCUCUUCCUCGGCCGCGGCGGAACCCUACUUGAGGCGUUUGCGGAGCUGAUGGGACGAAAAGCUGGGUGUUCGAAGGGAAAAGGUGGUUCUAUGCAUUUUUACAAGAAGGAAAGUGGGUUCUAUGGAGGUCAUGGGAUUGUUGGGGCUCAAGUGCCUUUAGGUUGUGGAUUGGCCUUUGCUCAGAAGUACUCCAAGGAAGAGCAUGUGACCUUUACAAUGUAUGGUGAUGGUGCUGCGAAUCAGGGACAGUUGUUCGAGGCGCUUAAUAUGGCCGCGCUUUGGGAUCUCCCUGCGAUUUUGGUUUGCGAAAACAAUCACUAUGGAAUGGGGACAGCUGAAUGGAGAGCCGCUAAGAGUCCUGCCUAUUACAAGAGAGGCGAUUAUGUUCCUGGCUUGAAGGUAGAUGGUAUGGAUGCCUUUGCUGUGAAACAAGCUUGCAAAUUUGCCAAGGAGCACGCCUUGAAGAAUGGACCCAUUAUUCUUGAAAUGGACACUUACAGGUACCAUGGUCACUCCAUGUCUGAUCCUGGGAGUACCUAUCGCACACGUGAUGAAAUUACUGGUGUGAGACAGGAGCGUGAUCCAAUUGAAAGAAUAAGAAAGCUGGUACUAUCUCAUGAUAUCGCCACCGAAAAGGAACUGAAGGAUAUGGAGAAGGAAAUCAGAAAAGAGGUAGAUGAAGCCAUUGCUCAAGCCAAGGAAAUCCCUAUGCCAGAUCCUUCUGAACUCUUCACCAACGUGUAUGUUAAAGGCUUUGGAGUUGAGGCAUGCGGGGCAGAUAGGAAAGAAGUCAGGGCUGUGCUUCCUUGAGAAAUUUUCAACACUCGCCUUUUGGACCAAUAAGAAAUUAAAAUGUGAAAUUUUUGCAAUAAAAGCUGCACCAUCUGCCUAUGGGCUGUGGAGUUGGGCUGUUCCUUUUUUCUUUUUUUCUGGGUAUGGAAAAAAUUUAUUUUCCUGUUAUUGGCUAGAAAUUUUAGCUAUUUUUUGUAUUGCUGCCUAAAUUUGAAUAUGCUUCCCAAGUGCUUAAUGGAGUUCCAGAUUAUCUUGUGUAAAUUGAUUUUCGGCUUUAUUUCAUCAAAUGUUUUAUGUAUUUAGUUUCCA